AGUUUUACCCACCUUCCAAGCUUUCACACAUUCCCUCAGGCCAGGGAGCUGAGUCAGCUGUUCCUUGUGCAGGCCUAAGAUGCAGCUGUUUAUUAUGUUGGCAUAUUUGUUCCAAGGAAUUAGAUAUUCAGAACUCAUAGGAUGGAACACUAAACAUGGAGAAGAAAUGCUAAAGAAGAUUACUGUGGAUCCAGAAUGCUUUAUGAAUGUUACUGAAAUUAUCAGGUAUCAUGGAUACCCCAGUGAGGAAUAUGAAGUUAUAACAGAAGAUGGGUAUAUCCUUAGCGUUAACAGAAUUCCUGGUGGGAAGCACAGUGAGAACACAGGGCAAAAGCCAGUAGUGUUUUUGCAACAUCCACUCCUAGGAGAUGCUACCCACUGGAUUUCAAACCUGGACAACAACAGCCUGGGCUUCAUACUAGCAGAUGCUGGCUUUGAUGUUUGGAUGGGAAAUGGCAGAGGGAACACUUGGUCUACAAAACACAAGACACUUAAACCUGAUCAACAGAAGUUCUGGGAGUUCAGUUUUGAUGAGAUGGGUAAAUAUGACAUUACAGCAGUUCUCUACUUUGCCAUGAAUAAAACGGGACAAAAGCAGCUGUACUAUGUUGCCCAUUCAGAAGGCACGACGUUAGGUUUUGUAGCAUUUUCCAGUAGGCCAGACUUGGCUCAAAGAAUAAAAAUGUUCUUUGCCUUGGGGCCAGUAGCCACAAUUACAUUUGCCAAAAGCCCUGUGAUAAAGCUUGGGAGGCUCCCUGAAACACUACUCAAGACUGUAUUUGGAACUAAAGGACUCUUUCAUCAGAAUAAACAUAUGAAAAAGCCUCUUAUCCUAUUAUGUACCACGCUGAAUAAGUUUUGUGCAUGUUUCCUCUCUUCUUUGGCUGGUCGUAAUGAGCAAAAUUUAAAUAUGAGUCGGUUAGCCAUGUACGUCGGACAUUCACCUGCUGGAACAUCUGUGCAGAAUAUCUUACAUUGGCGUCAGGUAUUGUAUUCAAAGCAAUUGCAAGCUUAUGACUAUGGCUCUAAGGAAAAGAACACGGAGAAAUACAAUCAGACUACCCCUCCUAUAUACAAGAUAGAAGAACUGAAAAUGCCCAUUGCUGUUUGGAGCGGUGGACAUGACUUGUUUGCAGACCCAAAGGACGUGGCCGCAUUACUUGGUCGAAUUACUAAUCUCGUUUACCAUAAGCAUUUUCCUGAAUGGCAGCAUCUAGAUUUUAUCUGGGGUCUUGAUGCAGCUAAGCGCAUGUAUGUGAAGAUCAUUGAGCUGAUGAAGAAGUAUCCCUGAAGCCACACAGUGGUUCCUGAGGUUGAAUGAUCUGAUCCUUCUAUUGUGCUCAGCCAGGGCCGACUCUAGCCAUUUCGCCGCCCCAAGC